AUGAUGACCCUAGCGGUGUUGAUCAUGAUCCGAAAUUUGACCGCCAAGCCGUGCCCCUUGCCACCACAUCAUCACUAUCCGAAGGAAAAACUACGGAAACGCCAAAGUAUGGCCCUGUUCUUCUACAAAGGCCAAACGAAUCUUCUAGUCCUUCACUGUGAUAUGAUACGGGAUGUUAUGUGUUACUACUUCAUGUCAAUGUUGGUUUUCCUCGCUACAGGCGUAUCUACUUCAACGACGUUGACGCGAUUAUGCGCAGAGGACGCAGUCCCGAAGAAGCCGUCAGUUGGUUUUCCUCGCUACAGGCGUAUCUACUUCAACGACGUUGACGCGAUUAUGCGCAGAGGACGCAGUCCCGAAGAAGCCGUC